AUGCCCAACAAGUCGGCCAAGCGCAACAAGGCCAAGCAGAAGAAGAAGGCGCAGCUCGCGAAGGCUGUCCCGAAGGAGGGCGCCGUCAAGCCCGAAGUCGCGGUCGACACCGCCACCGAAGUCACCUAUAGCCUGGAGGCUCUCACCAUUGCAGACAACUCUGCACCCUCCGCCUCUUCCCAAACCCCUACGAACUCCGCCACUGCCGCCAACAGCAUGGUCGAGGUUGUCGAAAUUUCCGGCAAGGGUAAAGGCGUUGUCGCUCUCGUCGACAUUCCCAGUGGCACGCGCAUCAUGAAAGAGGCGCCAUACAUGGUCAUGACCGCGGGCAACCCUUCCGAGGUCGACGCCAAGAUCACCAAGGCCCUGGUCGGACUCAGUGCGGAGGACCGCGCCGCAUUCCAGUCACUGCACAACGCAGACCCCUCGCACCCCUGCGCCAACUUCGCAAUCUUCGACGGGAACGCGCUCCCCCUGGGCGCCAACUCGCCCAAAGGCGCAGUCUAUCCCACUCUGUGCCGGAUCAACCACAGCUGCAUCCCCAACGCUCACCAUAGCUGGAAUGAGAACCUGGAGAUGGAGACAAUCCACGCCCUCCGCGACAUCAGUAAGGGAGAGGAGAUCACGAUUGGGUACUUCCUCGACGGGUGCAGGGCCGAGCGCCGCGCCCAUCUGCAGAACAAGUUUGGCUUCGAGUGCAAUUGUGAGGCGUGUAGUGCCUCCGACGACAAGGUGGCAGAGAGCGAUGAGCGUCGCCGCCAGAUCGCAAUGCUCAAUGCCCAAAUCGGCAAACCCCUGCGGGUGGGCAUGAUGCCUGCCGAUGUCCUGGAGGAGUGCGCGGUUGUUCUCUGCCUGCUCGAGGAGGAAUAUGGCAAGGACACUGCCCUCGCUGCUAGCACGUACUACGAUUCCUUCCAGGUCGCUGCCUGCCACGGCUACGCCCCCGGUGCCAAGACGUUUGCUCGUGGUGCCUACAGGUGCCGCGUCAAGGUCGAAGGCGAGGACAGUCCAGAGACUAUCCGCAUGAAGGAGUUCUCCGAGGACCCCAGCUUGCACCCUGCCUGGGACAUCUUCUGA